AUGGACAGCUUGCCGGUGGAUUGGUUGGCGGUGGACAGUUCCAUGGCUCAUAAAGGACCUGAACUCAGGGACCAUUAUAAUCCAUAUGACUUGAUAAUUGGUCGAAAUAUGGGGAGAAUCCCAUUAGGAACUCAACUCCAAAGCUUCGAUGCUUCUACGUACAAUGGGAACGUCAGGCUUUGUGGUCCUCCACUUACGCCAACAUGCCCUGGAGAUGAAGCUCUCCAUGUUCCUCCUGGAAUUGGUGACAAUAGAGAAGACCAAGAAGAGGGAGAUACAGUUUGGAGAUGGUUUUAUAUUAGUAUGUCAAUUGAGUUCAUUGUUGGAUUUUGGGGAUUCUGUGGCCCUCUACUGCUCAUUAGUCCUUGGAGGCAUGCCUAUUUUAACCUCCUAGACAACUUAGAAAUUUGGCUUUACACCACAAGAAUUGUGUGA